GCAGUCAGCUGAUGCUAAGGCUAAUGCUCAGCAGCACUCAGGCAGGCAGACGCUUAUGCGGCAGAGAAAGAUCUGACGGCCUGACAGGAUGCCUUUCUCCGAGCUUUAUUUCAACGUUGAUAACGGAUACCUUGAGGGGCUGGUCAGAGGAUUUAAAGCCGGAAUAUUGUCUCAGGCCGAUUAUUUAAACCUUGUACAAUGUGAGACCCUCGAAGACCUGAAGCUGCACCUGCAGAGCACAGACUAUGGCAGCUUCUUGGCCAACGAGGCAUCACCUCUCACUGUGUCCGUUAUUGACGACAAGCUAAAGGAGAAGAUGGUAGUGGAGUUUUGCCACAUGAGGAACCAGUCAUAUGAGCCACUGGCCAGCUUCAUGGAUUUCAUCACGUACAGUUAUAUGAUUGAUAACGUCAUCCUGCUUAUAACGGGAACCCUUCACCAGCGGGCCAUCGCUGAGCUGGUGCCAAAGUGUCACCCACUGGGCAGCUUUGAGCAGAUGGAGGCGGUGAACAUCGCUCAGACUCCAGCUGAGCUGUACAACGCCAUCCUGGUGGACACACCCCUCGCUGCAUUUUUCCAAGACUGUAUAUCUGAGCAGGACUUGGAUGAAAUGAACAUCGAAAUCAUCCGUAACACACUCUACAAGGCUUAUCUAGAAGCAUUCUAUAAGUUCUGUUCCAACCUGGGAGGAACCACAGCUGAUACCAUGUGUCCCAUCUUAGAAUUUGAGGCUGACAGAAGAGCCUUCAUCAUCACCAUCAACUCGUUUGGUACAGAGUUGUCUAAGGAGGACCGUGCUAAGCUCUUUCCUCACUGUGGGAAGCUUUACCCAGAAGGCCUUGCUCAGUUGGCUCGGGCAGACGACUACGAGCAGGUCAAGGCUGUGGCGGACUACUAUCCUGAGUACAAGUUACUUUUUGAGGGUGCUGGCAGCAACCCAGGUGACAAAACGCUGGAGGAUCGCUUCUUUGAACAUGAGGUGAAACUGAACAAACUGGCUUUCCUCAAUCAGUUCCAUUUCAGUGUUUUCUAUGCCUACGUCAAACUCAAGGAGCAGGAGUGCAGGAACAUUGUCUGGAUCGCCGAGUGCAUUGCCCAGCGGCACCGUGCCAAGAUUGACAACUACAUUCCUAUCUUUUAAAUUCCCUCUUACACUUUUUUUUCUCUUCCUCCCACCUCCAUGUCAUUCAGUCCUUUGAUUUAGUCUGUCCACUCCCACCUUGGUGUUAAAUUAUCUCAUGUCCCCAUGCUAAGCAGUCUCCAUUUUUAAUGUGUAAGUGUGAGUUGACCCUCAAGAGACCAUGUUCAAAUAGACCUUUUACAACAAUCAAUAUCCAUUGGUUAUGGUGUCAACUGCUUAUAGUCAAUUAAUCUGUUUUAUAUCAGUUAAAUGCAGGUAAUAUCAACUUUAUUCAGGAUUCCAGGUUGUGGAAAAUCUUCAACAAAAUGCCUGGAAUUAUGAUCUGCAGCACAUAUAAAUCAGAGGUUAGAAAAACUACAAAAAUAGGAGUUUGUUUCAAUUAUUUUUUAAAGCCCCAGCGGGUAAAUACACUUAACACCAAUCAAAAGUUGACAACUUGGUGUGCUUGUGUGUUGUAAGGUGAUGAACAUUAUUUUGUUGAAUCUCAAUUUAGAUCCAUAAACAGACUUAAUGGAGAAAAAAAACUGGAAUAUCAAAGAAAGGGAUUCCUCAGAUUAACCUGCUAUAUAAAGCUUAUUGUCAUGUUUCUCAAACACUAUUGUGUAAAAUGUAAGUCCCUAUCCUCUGCAAGCUAGAGUGUUGUCGGAUGUAAGAUGCAAAAGUUUGCAUUUUGCAUCAAAGCUGUUGUAUUAUUGAAUACUACAAUGAGGCAUGUUGUGUGUCAGUGUACAAAAUGGCUAUUUAAAGAUUAGAUUAUGAAGAUUGAUUGUGGUUUCAUUCAUGCUGUACAAAUUGCGUCAUAGCUGUUUGAUGUCUUUCCUGUGAAAUGCGUUGUAAAUGUGACAAAAAUAAAGAAGACUGUGCACACCGCA